AUGUCGGAUACUCUGUAUCUUCCCCGAACUACCUACCGGCAGCCGUCGCCGCUGGGUCGAAGACGGUUGGGCCGGCCUCUUAAUCCUAUAAUCGAAGAGCCCGAGCAAAUAACCCCCAAUGACGCGUCGUUUGAAGAGAAGAGAGUCAAUAUCAACGUGGGCAGACCACAAACAGGCCGCCACGUGCUCGAUCGUGACCAGUUGAUUUCUCCCAUGAGCGAUCACUUCCCGACCCCACGGGGCCAACACUUCCUGCCUGCCCCCAUCCUGCCCGCGACCCCAUCUUGCGUGUCGAGCGAAGCCGAACCCGAUCUUGACCACGACGACACCAGCUCCGAGGCCUCGUCGUCGAACCCGUCCAUCUCCUUUCGCUGGGCGCAGCAGCGGACUCGCUCUUCGAACCGCGAUAGCAUUAUGACCGACGUCACCGAGUUUGAUGACCUAGAGGAGUUUUCUGAAGAGGACGAGAUUCAGCGCAAGGAACGCCUUCAGACGAACGGUGUUGUCCGCCGUAGGAGCAGCACGCGGAGUGCUAGGAGAGCUUCGAGGGCUUCUGUGGACCUCAGGAAGUCACUGCUGGCUCCCCUGGUCAUCCCCGAACAAACACAGUCGCAACAGCAGCAGACGACUAUGACCCCUUCUAAGAAGCUGACGUCCCCGAUUCCCCCAACUCCUCCCUCGGCAGUCACUAUGUCCCCGCUCAUGAAAACCAUCAUGGAGAUGCGCCAGGCCCAGGAAAUCCCACGUGCUUCGGCUCCCCCGUCCCUGGACGGCAGCAUCAACUCGGAGGAGUUGGCCCAGAUGUCUGCUCCCCCAACUCCGAUGAUCGGGUCCCAGGUUGGCGACGAUGAGGAUUGGACUGGCGUGCGCCUGCAGCCCGACGCUCUCGAAACUCUGCAGGCGCUCACCAGCCACGAGUCCGACUUUGAGGAAGAAGCCUCCCAGGAGGAGCCCGUUAUUGAGGUGCCUGUGCAACAGGAAAUGACCACGCGCCAGAGGCUGCCGCCCCUUUUCACGAACACUGGCCUCAGCAGGCAUCCCUCUUUCCGGUCGUCCCUUGCUGGCCUGACCAGGCUUGAAAUUCCCUCCCCUGGCGGUUUCUUCGCGGAGCUCUCUUCGGCUAGUCGCCGGACCUGGGCCCCUGAGAGGGCGGACGAUCUGCAGCACCCUCCGACCUCGACCACUGCCGAGAAUUUUUACAAGAUCCCAUGGAACCGGAUGUCAGAACCCGUUCCUCAGCCGCCAGCCCGCUCGCUACACUUUGAUGGUCCCUCGGAGGUUGUUGAACACGUCAUUGAAGUUCCGGUCAAUGAGAACGAGGAUGACCUUCCGACUGCCAUACGCAUCGAAGAGACCCCUGUUCCCCUUACCGCUCGCAAAGUACCUGCUACUCCGCAGGACCCAGAGGAGCCUGUGGCCGAGCCUAUCCCUGAAGAGCCUGCUUCCCCGAAUGAAGUUAACGAGAUCAUCACUGCUGGCUUCAGAGCAAAGCAGCAGGAGCCCGAGAUGUCUCACAUGGACCGCACGGCCAUGUGGCUUGCUGCCCAGCGGGCCUACUUUCAAGGUGUCAUGAGCUUCUCGGAGGACGCUCAGGAGGAAGAACAGCCGGAGCCUGAACCGCAGGUGAAAGCUGAGGUGGAGGUUAAGCCAGAGUUCCCUCCGAAGGAUGAUGCUCCUGCUGAGUCAGGGCCGUCCGAACCCAAGAAGAAGGAGGUACGCUUCUCUGACGUGGUGAUCAAGGCCGAUAUUCCCCGCAGACUGCCCUCGAAGCUGCAGCGUCAGGAGUCGGCCUACUACCGUGCCUUCACCGACGCCUUGAUUCGGGCUUGCCCAACCGAUGUCUUCGUCUGCCGUCAGACUCGCUUCGAGGCUCUACAGGCCCAGCGCGUCUCCUUGAAGGCGCAGCACCGGAAUCAGCUGCUAGGCAAGUUCCAGCUGUCUGUUGUUCCGGAGUCGGCCAAGAAGCGCAUGAGUGCCAAUGUCGUCCGCGGCGAUGAUGAGCUAAUCGAGGACCCGGAGAAGCUCCGUGCCGAUAAGGAGGCUGAGGCGUUGUCGCAAAUGAGGAUGGGCCUCUGGCAGGUCGCCGCCAUCAAGGCUCUCAACGGCGGUCGUCUGAUCUCGGCGCCUGUGGCCAAGCGCCUGGCGCGCCAGAGCUGCAUGGCUCCCGGACCGGACGGCCUUGUCCGCGAUCGCGCCCGCAUCCUUGACCUCGCCGGCCAGGGCACUUGCGACUGGGCUUGGCAUGUGGCCUUGCAGUAUCCCAAUACCAAGAUCUACACCGUCACCACCAAGGCCAUCCGCCAACUCAGCAACAGCAACAUCCGUGGCCCGUCUAAUCACCGACAGGUCGCCGUCAAGUCUCUGGCAAAGCUCCCCUUCGCCGACAACCAGUUCGAUCUGAUCUCGGCGCGUGAGCUGCACGCCGUGCUCAAGCUGUUCGGCGAGAACGGCAUCGACGAGUGGGACGCCUGCCUGCGUGAGUGCAUGCGCGUUCUCAAGCCCGGCGGCUACCUCGAGUUCAGCCUUCUCGAUGCCGACAUUGUCAACGCCGGCCCACUUGGCAAUGCCAAAGCCGUCGAGUUUGGCUUCACCCUCCAAACUCUUGGCUACGACCCGACCCCAACACGCUCUUUCCUCGCCCGUCUACAGGCCCUCGGCUUCGACGACGUGCGCCGUGCCUGGAUCUGCCUGCCCCUCGGCCCCAAGAACCCCCCUCGUUCCGUCAUCACCACAACUCCUAACCCUGAUGCUUCUGGUGCCGACCCUCGUGCCUCCACAGCCACGCAGCCCAAGACGCACAUACUGGAGGCCAUCGUCUCCGGCUCGGUCGACAACGUUGCCGCCAUCAGCGGUCUCGCUGCCGGCUGGAGCUGGGAGCGCUGGCUGCUGCGCACCGAGAUGGAGAAGGCAGCCGGCGAGCUGCGUCUGUGCGACACUGUGACGCCCGGCAAGGCGAUGCACGAGGCAGGCAAGAUGAUUGCUGACGUGCACGCCGUCGUCGAAGAGGGCCGCCAGCUGCGCUCGUGCUGGCGCGUGCUGAAGGGGUAUGCGCGCAAGCCGCGCGGCUGGACGCCACCUGCCAGCGCCGCGCCCUCGGUCCGCUCGUCCAUGGUCGUCCCUGAGGCGUUCCCCAUGCCGCCGGCUAUCCCGGUCAAGGCUGUCUCGCCGCCGCCCAGCGUUCCAGUGCCGCCUGUGCCGACGCAAAAGAAGGCUGUUGCAGUGACGAAGCAACCUGAGAUGAUGGCUGUGGACAGCGUGCCGAUGGUGUUUGAUCUGGAGCGUAGUGGGUCGAUUCGCAUUUGCUUGGACACUGCGUCGCUUCUUGCUUGA